AUGGCACCAGAACUUGGUUCGUACCAGUUCGUCCAAGAGACGAAGGAAAACCUUGACUGGGCCGACCUCAUAACGCUCGAUUUAAGUAAAUAUGGGACGCCGGAAGGCAACAAGGAGUUGGCCAAGUUCCUCAUCGAUGCGAUAAGGGAGAAGGGUUUCUUCUACGUCAAUAACUUCAAUAUAUCGCAGGAAAGGGUCAAUAGGCAGUUUGCUCUAGGAAGGGAAUUUUAUGAGUUGUCGCUGGAGGAGAAGUUGAAGUAUGUCCCUGACCUUGAUAACGGGAAGUUCAAUGGUUAUACGCCUGCCGGGCGUCGAAUAGUCGACGAGGCCACGGGCCUGAGAGACCGCAUAGAAAUAUACAAUAUCCCGAAGUUCAACGGCUACUUCCCUCAGGAGCACCCUUCUGUAGUGCAGGAACGCAUUGCUGAGGUCGAGGAGUUUGCCCGAGCUCUACAUACCGAAGUCCUAGAUCCCCUCUUCGUUUUGCUGGCGAUUGCUCUAGAGCUUCCCGAGGAUUACUUCACGAACAUCCACAAGUACGAGGUAAAGAGCGAGGACCACUUGAGAUAUAUGAAGUAUUCUAAAUAUUCUCCGGAGGAGAACGCCAGGAUGCAUCACUGGGGACGGGGUCAUACUGACCUGGGAAGCUUCACUUUGCUCUUCCGUCAACCCGUAGCCGCUCUGCAGAUCAAGGAUCAUAGCACGGGCGAAUGGAAAUGGGUGAAACCCCAGGAUGGCACACUCACAGUCAAUGCUUGUGACGCUCUAUCUUUCCUGACAGCAGGUUAUGUGAAGAGUACCAUCCAUCGCGUUACAGUUCCUCCGAAAGAUCAACAGCAUGUAGAUCGUCUCGGACUGCUGUACUUCUCGAGACCCCACAACGACAUCAAGCUCCAUACCGUUAAGUCUCCGGUGUUGGAGCGGCAGGGUUAUACGCAGAACGAAUUCGAAGCGACUGGCAAUCCUGUGCCCACAGUGGAAGAAAUGGCAGCGUACGCCCAACCGGAGUUACGCAGACAGUGCGUACCGAACUGCGACCAUUCUUCCUGGCUUCAGGGAAAGGUCUACGACGAGGUGCCCGGUAGCUCGCCAGUCGUUCCGGUGUCUGCUUGA